AUGGAUGAUGAUAUGCAGAAGGUGCUCAGUGCGAUCCGUGAUAUUUACUCUGCCGGUGCGGUGGAGGGGUACUCGCCAUUGCACCAGCAGAAGCUGCGUGAUCUGUACAAGCAAGCGAACAAAGUGUCUGAGGCCACCACGCUUGAGGUGCGCUGCAAGGCUGUGCCUGUGCCGAAAGGCGCAACCAGCAAGGCCAAAGGCCCUGGAAAAGGGGGCAGGGGAGCCAAGGGAGCUCCCGCAGCAGAGCUCCGACGGCACGCGCUGGCAGCCCUUGCAGAUCUCCCUGAGCACCUGCAGCCCCCAGCGCUGCGAAAGUUUGCAAGCGCGGCCAAUAAUUCAAACAACUCCGAAAGGGAUCUGCUACGAACACUGAAGAAGUUCAAGAGGGUGCUUCCCUUGACUGUGGAUAGCUUUGUGUCUCGGACGGAGCGGGUUCAGUACAUUAAGCUGGGGACCUGGUUCCGGUACCUCUUCAAUGUUCGCAGUGGCGGCCAGCUAAUUGGGGGUUUUGCUCCUACGGACCACUAUGCGCAUGUUUGCUUGAGGGCCUUUUGGCAAGCCUUCAGGCGAGAACAUCCCAGUCAUGCUGUUUGUGAGCUUCAUGGUGAGCGAUUGCACAAGGUCGUUCCUUAUGCCCUGCACUUGGAUGAAGGGCGUGGGCUACGGAAAAGUGCUGUCUUAGUAGUGCAUGCUCAAGGGGUGUUUGGUGCAGACACGGCGCAGCUCUUCCGUGAUCGGAUCUCCACAGCGGCUGACCUCGGACACCAGCAGCUUGAGGAGUUGAUGACAACGUGCCAAACUCAUAAUGGGAAGGGGUCCAGCUAUCUCAGUCGCAUGUUGUUCACAUGCCUACCGAAAGCUUCGUACACAAAGAAGAAGUCGCAUGUCUACGAUCAGGUUUUGGAAAGACUUCGGGAAGAGUGCACAUCUUUGCUGGAAGACGGGCUGACCAUGUCUGAUGGGUCUACAUUUUACUUUGCUUUAGUGGCUGUGAAAGGUGUGCCCGAAAGCCCGGAAGUGCUUUUCAUGAGGGACCCCUUCCACGUUUACAAGCAGUGCAUUGGAGGUUACUAUGUCGCCAGCUGUAUCGUUCUCUUGGCUGAGAUGCAAUACUGGGGUUCGCCUGGUGAAAACAGCUUCGACAUGGUGAUGGACCGUAUGUUCCAGGACUUUGCCUACUUUGUGAAGUAUGAAUUUGCGGGCAGGGUGAUCAACCACAUCAAACACUUCACAAAGACAAAUUUUCACUACCCUCGCACUCGUUCGUUUCCUUACAUGAGACCGAAAGGUGGUGACAUCAUGCUUCUCACUCGGUGGCUUAGACAUGCAGUGCUCUAUGGGCCCCGGGAUGCACAUGGUGUUCGUUCAGGCAGCAUGAUUACCAACUGCUUGGAAGCCCAGCACGUGCCCUUCCUGCAGAACAUCAUCAAGGCAUCGUCGGGUGCCAUGAAGUUCUUCCACAUCGUGCACAACAAUGGGUUGUGGCAUCCGCGACAGCUGGCUAAGGAAUUAGGGGAGGCGUGCUUCGACUUCUGCGAUGCUUAUUGCGACUUAGCGUAUGCGUCCUACAAGCUUGGGUUGGCCAGGUACAACCUGGUACCUUCUCUGCACUACUACCAUCACUUUUAUGUGGACGUCAAGAUCAAGCUUGCAGAUUCCACUGCUGCUUUCAUAGCAUCUCCCAGCAUCGCAAACUGUGAAUGCGAUGAAGACUACAUCGGCAAAAUUUCCCGCUUAUCUCGUCAUGUUCAUGCUUCUGUUACAAACGAACGAAGCAUUCACCGCUUUUUGGUGAAGAUGCACUAUGUUUAUAUGGAUCGGGAGGCCUGA